AUGGAGAAUUACACCGACUCACUUCUUAGCCAGACCGAGCUCCUACUCAUGUCCGCCUGUGGGCUAAUUCAGCGUCCCAUCCUUCCAAUCUGUGGCGGCGAAUACACAGCUACGGCUAGGACCCAUUCGUAUAUACAUGUCGGUCUUCUGCAAUGGACCGGCAGUUUACCUCAUGUCACGACUUUCGACAUCCGAUCACAUGUCACGCAGUACAACAUCUUCCUGGCACUGUAUCGUCGACUUCCUCUGCAGAACGGAGAGCACAAGCUUUUUGACACCUUCAAUCGCGACGCCAAAUACACAGAUGAGCGUUUGGACUCUCCCAAGCCAGUGUUGAAUGUUAUAGUGGCUACUGCUGGUCCCUCUUUCACAGCUUUCAUCAAAGAUGAUUCCAUGAACCUACAGCUAGCUUCUGCAUCAAAGGAGCAGUACUGUAUCUCGACCAGUCCCCUUGCAUCUCUCAACGAGUCUGGCAUGUACGGCGUCUAUCGGAUUCGCACGUGUGACAUCCGGCAGCGCAUCCAAGCCGCCAAAGACGCCCGCCUUCCCUUUAUCGUUGCCGUGGAGCGCGGUUCAGGCAACCAGAGAGAGAAUAUCUUUGGCUUUGCCACUGCUAAAGACUACACCGGCUCGGAAACCAGUGGAAGAUACACUGCUGAGUUGGAGUCAUUCGUUAUUCCAGAGCAACAGCGCAAAGGCAUCGGAAAUUGUCUUAUGGACAAGCUCUUGAAGGUAUGUGAUGGGUUUGACUUCCUAUGUCACAUCGCGGUCAGGAUGGGGAAGAAAGGGAUCACGGACAUUGUGAUGAGGACGUCGGUGUCUGUUGCUAGCGGCCUCAAGGUGUCCCUCAUUCUUAUGGCAUGGGUAGUAUGCCUCCGGAAUAUUUGGAGCUUCCUAUCGCGAAGAAACGCAAGCAGUCCCAAAGCUGGUGCUAUACCCGUUUCUGUCACGCCAAUUUCCAAGGCGCAGGCAGGAAAAUUAGCCGAUGCACGGAUGACCGGUGCAGCCUUGGGUGUGGCUUUCAAGUGUAGUGUCCUUGAAGGCCAGCAUCAUUACCAAGGGUUUGCGACACAAACGUCUUGGACAAGCACGUCGCAGAGAUACGCGUCUCAUCGGCCAAAGAUGAUCGAAUACGGAGUAGCGAUCAUGUAUAUCAGAGCAGCUAAACUUUCAUUAUCGACUUCACGGUUUAAUCGAAUGAUAUCUAUGAACGGUGGGGGGCAGUAUGGUAACAUUAUCGUGCCUAGUGAUUACACGUUGUUUAAGUACCACUGGCCGGUAACACUGGCUGAUGUUGAAGAGCCCAUUGAGAAUCCGCUGGAGUUUUCUUUGGAGAGCUUCCGCAAUUGCUUCGUUGAGGACGAAUAA